AUGGCAUUCAACGCCUUUUUUCUUCUGGGGCUCUUUACUCUUUGUACCAUCAUCAUGGUGCCAUUGGUGAGUUUCACAGAUGCUAUUGCUCCCAUUCUCAACGUUGCUUCGCUAAAUCGGAGCAAUUUUCCAACAAGCUUUAUCUUUGGAACAGCAUCCUCCGCAUACCAAUACGAAGGUGCAGCAAAGGAAGGUGGCAGAGGAGCAAGUAUAUGGGAUACCUUCACCCAUAAGUACCCAGAUAAAAUAAAGGAUAAAAGAAAUGCAGAUGUCCCUAUUGAUGAAUAUCAUCGAUACAAGGAAGAUGUUGGGAUCAUGAAGUAUAUGAAUUUGGAUGCAUACAAAUUCUCCAUUUCUUGGUCUAGAAUACUACCAAAAGGUAGGCUAAGUGGAGGUAUAAACCAAGAAGGAAUCAAAUAUUAUAACAACCUCAUCAACGAGCUAGUGGCUAAUGGUCUGCAACUAUUUGUGACCCUUUUUCAUUGGGAUCUUCCCCAAGCCUUGGAAGAUGAAUAUGGAGGCUUCUUAAGCCCUCACAUAGUAAAUGAUUUUCGAGAUUAUGCGGAGCUUUGCUUCAAGGAAUUUGGAGAUAGGGUGAAGCAUUGGAUUACUGUAAAUGAGCCAUCAACUUAUAGCACAGGUGGGUAUGUAAUAGGGAUGUUUCCACCUGGUCGAUGUUCCAAUUGGAUGAAUCUAAACUGCACCGGCGGUGAUUCAGGGACAGAGCCCUAUUUAGUUUCACACCACCUACUUCUUGCCCAUGCAGCAGCUGUCCAAGUGUACAAGACAAAGUAUCAGGUACAAUUGUUACUUAAAAGCCAAAACACAUCUCAAAGCGGUUGGAUAGGCAUCACCUUGAUAUCUCACUGGUUUGUGCCGUUUUCAGAUAAUAUAUUCGAUCAAAAAGCUGUGGGACGAGCACUUGACUUCAUGUUUGGAUGGUUUAUGGCACCAUUAACAACGGGGGACUAUCCGCAAAGCAUGCGAUCCCUGGUUGGACAACGAUUGCCAAAGUUCUCUAAAGAACAAGCCCACCUACUCAAUGGUUCGUUUGAUUUUCUUGGACUAAACUACUACACAUCUCAAUAUGCUGCCAAUGCACCUCACUUAAGCAAUAUCAUACGCAGUUACCUCACAGAUUCUCUUGUCAACCUUACAUAUGAGCGCAAUGGAAUACCCAUAGGUCCAAAGGCUGCUUCGGAUUGGUUAUAUGUUUAUCCAAGAGGAUUUCAAGAACUGUUGCUCUACAUCAAGAAAAAGUACAACAAUCCAUUGAUUUACAUUACUGAAAAUGGUAUAGAUGAGUUUAACGAUCCAACACUAUCAUUGGAUGAAGCCCUUGUGGAUAUUUACAGAAUUGACUAUUAUUAUGAUCAUCUCUUCUAUCUCCAAUCAGCAAUUAGGAAAGGAGUAAAUGUAAGGGGAUACUUUGCGUGGUCAUUAUUGGACAAUUUUGAAUGGGCUGAAGGCUACACAGUUCGUUUUGGAAUAAACUUUGUGGAUUAUAACAAUGACUUAAAAAGAUAUCAAAAACUGUCUGCAGAAUGGUUCAAAAAAUUUCUCAAAAAAUAUUAG